CAGAACUAAGCUUUUUGGAAUACUCGCCGGAAGUAAAACAAACAGUCAAAAUGAAUUCACUCGUCAUCGUGUACGUCCCCCAUACGGUUGAGUACACACCUGCUGUACAAUUUUCCUCGUUGGAGUAUUUGACUGUUUCAGUCAACGAAAUGGAGAGCGAAGACGAUAACACGGACAGUGUCAAAUCGAUUGCAGGAAUGCCAUCCGGAACAGUGUUGAAAAACAAAGCAAUGCAGGGCAAACUGAUGCAGCACAUCAUGAAAGACGAUUUGCUGCUGCUGAAUUCUGCGGGAAAGUUGAACCCACAAAUUGAGGACAGUGAUGAGCUUCCGAUCUUUGACUGCGACAUAAAUGCGACCGAAUAUGAUAGAAUAAUUAGCAGUGAAAUAGUGUUAGAGGAAUCAUCGUCUAGCUUUGACGAGGGCAUAGGUUUGAGCAACACGGACGACUCAAGUGACGAUCAAGCAAGUGCCAAAACCAAAGCACCGGAUACUACCAAAUCUAUUGACGGUCCUGAAGCAAACGAUUACACUCGCAAGCAGAAAAAAGACAAAUCCAAAUGCUACCAAUGUGAAAUCUGUGACGAACGGUUUACGAUGAAGAAACACCUCCGGGAGCACCACGGUACGAAGCAUCCGGGGCAAAACUGCAACAAAUGUGCCGUGUGUGAGAAAACGUUCAAGCUACGCUCAAACCUGCGGCAGCAUCUUCGCAUUCACACGGGUGAACGUCCAUUUCGCUGUGACAUUUGCUGCAAAACGUUCGUCCAGGGCAGCGCCCUAACGGUCCACCGGGAAUUGCACAAGGAGCAAAGGGACUAUGAGUGUCCAGUGUGCAAGAAAGCGUUCAAAUCGAAAUUCGCUUUCAAAAAACACGAAAAAGUACACAUUGGAUUAAGGCCGUUCAAGUGCGACGAGUGCGGCAAAUCCUUUACCCAGUCUUGUAACCUGAAAGCGCACCAGAAACUCCACACGGGCAAUCACGCCUACCAGUGUGCGACCUGCUCCAAGACCUUCCGAUUCAAGUCUCACUAUCAGGAUCACCUGAUGACGCACACCAAGGAAAAGAAGUACUGCUGUGGCCAGUGUGGCCGUACCUUCGCGUACAAAAACUCCUUCCAGCGCCAUACACAAAUCCACCGGGACGAAGCUCAACACCACUGUGCAGAGUGCGGGAAGCAGUUCAGCAAACUGAGUCAUCUCACCUUCCACCACAAAUCUCACGGCUGCGUACGGGAGGGAAAGGACGGUGACGGUGGUUCGAAAAAUCUGACUUGCGAUAUCUGUAGCAGCGUCUUUGAACGGCCCGAUGCCUUGCUCGCCCAUCGACGGGAGCUACACAUUGCCGAGAGCAGCGUGCGUGAAAAGGGACGAUCUCGCUACAAAUGCGUUAUCUGCAGCAAAUCUUUCCGGGAGGAGAAGGAGCUACGUACCCAUUUCAAAUUACACGAGGCCGACGAUUGUCCCUUUCAGUGUGGGAUGUGUGGAAUCCUCAACCUAAACCAUACCUAACUGACAGCGUUCGGUUCUUUUCCUAGAGGAGCGAAAAAGGCUCAGGUUGAAUUUACUGUAUGAUAAGAACAAAUUCUGUGAUAUCUCUCUGAGUGUAUGAAAUAUAAAC